AGAGAGAGAGAAUAAAAGAUGAUAUUCUCACGAUCACUAGCAAUUAUACACUUAGUUCCGAGCCUCUAUUUUUGGGUGACGGGUUAAUAUUCGUCUGCUUCGCUGCUUUGCUUACAAGUCAUGAAGAUCCAGUUCUGUUAUCAUUCUCCAUCAUGGAAUAUCCCUGUGUGGUUUGCGCGAGUGAAGUUCGGCCUCGUCAGCAUGCCAUUCAGUGCGCUAACUGUGAACGCUGGCAACACAGGAAGUGUAACACCGGGAUUUCCUACAAGGAUUAUCGUUCCAUGGUGAAAGGGGAGCUACACAUGCACUGGAUCUGCAUCACAUGUUCAGAAGUAGAAGAUCUGUUGGAGACGGAGGAAGGGGGAGUUUUGGAGGAGGUAGGAUCUAUCCCGGACAUCAGCACCCGACCAGCCUUGCCAGAGGAAUAUGAAGAAAGUAUUCUACCUGAUGACAUUAUUGAUGAAGUUCCAGGUAUAGGGGAUGAAUUAAUAAACUCUUAUAAGAUCGUUGAAGGUGGUACGAGAAGAGGAAAUGCCCUCCUUGUAGAUUCCUUUGGUUAUACCUAUAACCAAAAGGCCACAGGGAAGAAGAAAAAUCCAACUGGUAAAGUAACUUGGCACUGUAGUGUGAGAAACAAGAUGCUAACAUGUCCUGCUACUGUCCUUCAGAAUGGCUCCAUUUUCACCGGAGGAUCUCAUCAUCAUGUUCACGAACCCCAACAAGGUGCUACUUUUAAGGCUGAAGUCAUUGCUACUGCAAAGGCCUUAGCCAAAGAGAAGGUUAACAUUUUUUCAUCCGCUUCUUCUUUAGUGGAUCGUGCUAGAACUGCCACAGAAGGGGAUGAUGCAGCCUGUUUAAAUACAGUUAACAUAGCACGGUCUCUAAAUCGCCUUAGACAGGGUGACAGACCUGAUGAACCAGAUAAUUUGAACUUUGAAUUGGAUGACAAUUACAUCCCAAAAGAGUUCCUUCAGAAGGAUAUUGCUAUAACUGGUGGCCGACACUUAAUAUUCGCUACUUCUGAACAACUUGCUUUACUCAAGAAUGCAAGGACGUGGUACGUGGAUGCUACAUUUCGUGUAGUGCGCAAGCCAUUCUAUCAAUUAUUUGGCAUCCAUGCAUUCGUGAAAGGAAUAGAAGGACAUAUAAAACAAGCGGAAAGCUGA